AUGGGUGAUUCUGACUUCAUUAAGGAGAAGCAGGUGCCCAGCACGCUACGGGCACAGCCACCUGAGGCAAGUUCCCACGUGCCCAGGACCCGUGGCACCACGGCCAUGUCUCUGCCGGGGAGCAGACGCUCGUCCACGGGAUCACGAAGGCGCCCCUCGCCCCCCGGGAGGGACACCUACGGCACCUCCUCGCUGAGCAGCAGCAGCAAUUCGGGCUCCUACAAGGGCAGCGACAGCAGCCCCACCCCCAGGCGCUCGUCCAAGUACAACCUGUGCAGUGACAACCAUGGGAUAAAGCCACCGACCCCGGAGCAGUACCUGACGCCCCUGCAGCAGAAGGAGGUUUGCAUCCGGCACCUGAAGGCUCGUCUGAAGGACACGCAGGAGCGGCUGCAGGACAGGGAUGCUGAGAUCGAGGACCUGAAGACGCAGCUGUCACGGAUGCAGGAGGACUGGAUCGAGGAGGAGUGUCACCGUGUGGAAGCCCAGCUGGCGCUGAAGGAAGCCCGCAAGGAGAUCAAGCAGCUGAAGCAGGUCAUCGACACAGUGAAGAACAACUUGCUGGAGAAGGACAAGGGGCUCCAGAAGUAUUUUGUGGACAUCAACAUCCAGAACAAGAAGCUGGAGACCCUGCUGCACAGCAUGGAAGUGGCACAGAACGGGGCACUGAAGGAGGAGGGGGCUGGCGAGUCGGCCGGGGGGUCCCCGGCCCGAUCCCUCACCCGCAGCUCCACCUACACCAAGCUGAGCGACCAGGGGGCCGGGGACCGCAACGUGGGGGGCUCACAGACCAUCUCAGUGGAUGAGGGGGCCGACAGUGGCUUCGCAGGGGCAGAGGAGGCUCCUGGCCAUACGGACCCACUGGAGGUGGGGGGCGAGCCUGAUAACCGCCUGCCCCCCAGUUCCACCUACGAGAAGCUGCUGGGGCUGCGGGGCAGCGUGGAGGCGGGGGUGCAGGCCAGCUGCAUGCAGGAGCGGGCCAUCCAGACAGACUUUGUGCCCUGCCAGCCCGAC